AUGAUCAACGCCGUCCUCGUCUUCAACAACAACGGCCAACCACGCCUAACCAAGUUCUACACCCAAAUCGACACGCAAACGAAACAGUCCCUCAUUGCACAAAUUUACAAGUUGGUCUCCCAGCGGCCAGCGAGCGCCUGUAACUUCCUGCCCUUGCCCCCGCUGCUGUCCCGGGGCGCCAGUUCCAGUGCAGCCAACGGCCCCUCGGAUGCGCCAACCCAAAUCACCUACCGGACAUAUGCCACCCUUUCGUUCAUCAUGAUUUCCACGUCGACGGAGUCACCGCUCGCGCUCAUCGAUCUGAUCCAGGUGUUCGUGGAGGCGUUGGAUCGUAUGUUUGAGAAUGUCUGCGAGCUGGAUCUCAUCUUCGGGUACGAGACCAUGCAUGCUGUUUUGAGUGAGAUGAUUAUUGGUGGGGUUGUGGUGGAGACGAACAUUGACAAGAUUGUGUCUGCGGUACGCAACCAAGAGGGCUCAUCGGGAAAGAAGAAGGCUAUACAGGCGGCGAGUUCGGGGAUUGGACGUGGUCCAUUGCCUGUGCUGGGGGCUUGGAGGCCUGCCCCCAAGUCCGGAAAGAAGACUGCCCCCCUUCCCUACCCCCAGGGUAAGGCUGGUGCCAAGAAGGCCCCCAAGAACCCUCUCAUCGAGAAGCGUUCCCGCAACUUCGGCAUUGGCCAGGACAUCCAGCCCAAGCGCAACCUGUCCCGCUUCGUCAAGUGGCCUGAGUAUGUCCGUCUUCAGCGCCAGAAGAAGAUCUUGAACCUCCGCCUCAAGGUCCCUCCUUCCAUUGCUCAGUUCCAGGCCACCCUGGACCGCAACACCGCUGCCCAGACCUUCAAGUUCCUCAACAAGUACCGCCCUGAGACCAAGGUCGAAAAGAAGGAGCGUCUCCACGCUGAGGCCACCGCCGUCGCUGAGGGCAAGAAGAAGGAGGAUGUCUCCAAGAAGCCCUACAACGUCAAGUACGGUCUCAACCACGUUGUCGGCCUCGUCGAGAACAAGAAGGCCUCCCUCGUCCUGAUCGCCCACGACGUUGACCCCAUUGAGCUGGUUGUCUUCCUUCCCGCUCUCUGCCGCAAGAUGGGUGUCCCCUACGCCAUCGUCAAGGGUAAGGCUCGUCUCGGUACCGUUGUCCACAAGAAGACCGCUGCUGUCCUCGCUCUCACCGAGGUCCGCUCCGAGGACAAGGCUGAAUUCGCCAAGCUCCUCUCCGCCGUCAAGGAGGGUUACACCGACAAGACUGAGGAGUCCCGCCGCCACUGGGGUGGUGGUAUCAUGGGCGCCAAGGCUGUCGCCCGCCAGGAGAAGAAGCGCAAGGCCGUUGAGGGUGCCAUCCGUGUCUAA